CACAUCAUCCCGCUGCACUCCUCGUAUGACACGAGUUAAAACCGGCCCUGAGGCUCACUCUAAGACCUAGUUUCGAACGUGUUCUUGAGCAAACGUCCCCGGUUAUGUCCUUGGAUCGUACUUACGGUCAUUUUGAGAAUUUCUGCUGUACCGACCCCCACAGGAACCUCGUAAAUAUGUUCUUUUCCAUACUUAUAACACCACGCUCUCUUCUCCUCCCAAUUCAUAUAGUCAUCACAUCAAGCCUCAAAAAAUUAGAUUAUACAAACCAUAUCAUCCAUUGUAUACUUUACCCGAACCAUAUUUCACGCUUGUUCCGCUUAUCAUAACUCAAAAAACAACAUCCUCUCACAUACUUUGACAACUUUCGGGCUUUUCUAAUUACAGCAAGCCAGACUUGCAGCUAUCAACAACAUUGUCCGGUCUAUGCCAAUGUCGAGCACUACUGCGCAAGGGAUACCGGCAGUUGAUUAUUUCUCAUUAGAGUCUUCGAAAUCUCAAGUAAGUUUUCAUAUUCCUUCCCCCAGUUUCUUCUUUCAACCAAGCUGUGAUUCUCGUCCGAAGACUGAAUACACAUCUGAAAGCAUGAUCGCAAUUGUCAAGAUCAUAUAGCAAGUUCAAACAGUGGUACUCAAGGCUAUGUCCUCAUUACUUAAUAACGAUUAGAAUGCGCAUAGCUAAUCCCAUCUCUCCGCAGAACAACAGCAAAACCAGCUCAUCACCAUUUGCUUGGGACUCAGCCGUCUUUGACGACGCUGCCUUUGAUAUUGGUGCUUCAGACUCUUGCAAUUCCACACUCGCCUCCCCAUCAUCGCCAAGCUCGAUCGUCUUUGCCGACGCCAUCGAUAACUGCGGCCUGCCAAAAGAAGGACUCUCAUCCGACCUCCUAGCAGAAAAAGCCUUCAAUUUCGGCUCGUUCGAGGACUGGAUGCGUUGGGAAGACCCCAGUGACGCGGCAUUGUCGCCCGUAACCAAUUUCUUCCCUGAGCUCAAAGUCGAACCAAAUUCUCCAGCAAUGGCAAACUUAGAGAUUCGAAACAACGGAAUGUCAAGACUACCCAUGAGCAAUGACGAAUGUGCCGUUUUCUGUGACGAUCCUAUGGGUGACGCCCCAUUAUUCCAAUCACCAAACACCUUCGUUUCUGAAAUCCAACAACGAGAGAACCUUUACUCCACACCUCUCUCCUGGUCACGACCAACAAUCGGCUCGCGCUCCCAAAGCUUCUCGACCAGUACACUCUCCCCAGAAGAAGAAGCUCGGUUGCGGAAUAUCGCUAUGCCCCCACAACUGCAGUCCAAGAAUUUUAUUAUCCCCGAAGCUGUAUCUCACCCAGCCUCUCCUUCAUCCACAUCCUCACCCGAGCCUUUCGUCGACAGAAGAAAGAAGCGUAAGAACAGUAUCGAAGAUGAGGACGAUGAGGACUACGAACAAACCACCACCAAGCACCCCGUUGUUAAGAAGACAGCUCAUAACAUGAUUGAGAAACGCUACCGAACGAAUUUAAAUGAUAAGAUUGCAGCGUUGAGAGAUUCCGUUCCGAGUCUGAGGGUGAUGAGCAAGAAGAAUUCGAGGAACGGAGAGGAGGAGGAAGAUCUGCAGGGGUUGACGCCAGCGCAUAAGUUGAAUAAGGUAUGUUUCUUUCCCCCUCACCGGACGGGUCUUUGUCCUUUUUCCCUCGAGAGGUGGAUUUUUAGCUAACGCACAAUAAAGGCGACCGUCCUCGCCAAAGCAACAGAAUACAUAGCCCACCUCGAAAAAAGGAAUAAAUUCCUCAACCGCGAGAACUCGAAUCUCAGAGCGAGAGUUGACGCUUUUGAGAUCUUGGUUGCGGCGAGACAGCAGGGUCAGGCUGUGGGUUUGAGUCAGAGACAGCAUCGGAACUCGACGAAUAGUCGGCAGAUGCCUAUUGGGUUUAUGAUGUGAACUUCUCUCAAAUACGCAACGAUGAAUGGAGGUAAUGUUGGUGAUGGAGCGAGGUGGAAAAAGCGAAUGGAGAGGUAGAAAGAUGAAAAGGAGGAGUGGAAGCAUUGUAUAGGCAUCCUUGGGCGUUUUAUGGUUCUUGGAAUGAAAAAACGUAGGAUACCCACCAACGUAUUUUUUUGCAUUUUCCCGGGACGGAAAAAGUUGUUUUAUUUCUUUUUUGGGGAUGAGGGUUUUUUAUUGGCAGCUUCUCACAUAGUGCCGCUGUUAGAAAUAGGGAGGAAAAUUUAAUGGGAUAUAUUCCGCUUCCUAUUCUGCUUUUUUCUUUGUAGCUAUGUGGUGAUCAGGAC